UUUGCUUACCCUUCCAUUUGGUUUGCUCGCGGCGGCGCAAUGGCGUGGUGCCUCCCGCUGCUCGUUGCCGUCCUCGCCGGCUUCGCCGUGAGCCUCGCCGGCGCGACGGACCACAUCGUGGGCGCCAACCACGGGUGGAACCCCAACAUCGACUACUCCCUCUGGUCCGGCAACCAGACCUUCUACGUCGGCGACCUCAUCUCAUUCAGGUACCAGAAGGGGACGCACAACGUGUUCGAGGUGAACCAGACGGGGUACGACAACUGCACCAUGGCCGGGGUCGCCGGCAACUGGACCUCCGGCAAGGACUUCAUCCCGCUCAACGAGCCUCGCCGGUACUACUUCAUCUGCGGCAACGGCCUCUGCCAGGCGGGCAUGAAGGUUGCCAUCACCGUCCACCCGCUCAAGCACAACGCCACCGGCGACGGCGCCAAGAGCCACGGCGGCAGCGGCGGCGACGCCGCUGCCGCGACCGCCGUGCCAGGCGCCGCCAUGUGGCUGGCGGCGCUCGCGGUCGCCGCCGCAGCGGUCGCCAUUGUGCCGUGAUUGAUCUUUUGCGCUUGUUCUUGGAAGAACUCAAGAACAUUGUGUGCGUUUGACUCGCCAUUUUCAUCAGCGACUUGGUUAAUGUAGCAAAAUUGUAUUUUGAGUACUAUUCCAGCGAGAUUAUCUAGUU